AUAAUUAUCCCUUUAGGUUGCCGGCCUUUGUAAAGUCAGUUUCACUGAUUUUGAGGUUAUCUUCCAGGAGAGGAGAAAUUUUUUAAGAAAAAUGGUAUAAUUGCCCCCAACUAAAUCAUUUUCUCAUAUUUUCUAGUAGUUUCUUGCCAAUAUGACUAACUUUAGUGAAUUUAUUAGGGCGGAAUUUCCGUCUAUGGAUGACGAGCUAAAACAUUAUGUUGAAGGGGUAUUGAAAAAUGGGGCAGAUGAGUUUCAAGAUACUGAAGAUGUGUACGAAGCAAUAGGGGAAGUUUUACAAGAGUCGGCUGAUAAAACUGAAGCAGAAAUUAAGAAUAUUUGCACCAGAUUGCUAAAAAUAAUGAAUCCGAACAACGCUACUGCACAAAAUGGACCGACCAGGGUGUUAAAUGCACCAAUUCAUUUGGGUAGUAUGGCUGCCAAUUUGGAAAACAACGUCGAUGACAUAAAAAGUAUUUGGGUUAUGCAAAGGGAUGAUAGCUUAAAAGUCGAUGCUAAAAAAUUAGAAAAAGCAGAACUGAAACUGCAACAGAAACAAGAAAAACGUUCAACUGAUGGCUGCCGUAUUAUUGCUCCCCCUAAAUUGGAGAGUGCAACAGCUUCACAAGUUACAAGUAAAAAGGAUAACAAGUUAGAAGCGAAAGGAGGUAAUAAAACGGUUGACAUUAGAAUAGAGAAUUUCGAUGUGGCCUAUGGCGACAGAGUAUUAUUGAAAUGUGCCGAUUUAGUUUUGGCAUUUGGCAGACGUUACGGUUUAGUUGGCCGCAAUGGAUUAGGUAAAACCACCUUACUUCGUAUGAUAUCAGCCGGACAGCUCAGGAUACCUUCUCACAUUUCAAUUCUUCACGUUGAACAGGAGGUUGUGGGCGAUGACACAUUGGCUUUAGACAGCGUUCUUGAAUGUGAUACAGUACGGGAAGCCUUGUUAAAGAAAGAGAAGGAAUUAAGUUCUGCUAUCAAUGCAGGGUCUAUUGACCCCAAUUUGCCUAACGAAUUAACUGAUGUUUAUACGCAACUACAAAAUAUUGAAUCCGAUAAAGCUCCAGCGAGGGCAUCUGUGAUACUUAAUGGACUCGGAUUUACUUCCGCUAUGCAAAGUCAGGCAACAAAGACGUUUUCUGGUGGUUGGAGGAUGCGGCUUGCUCUUGCUCGUGCAUUAUUUUCAAAGCCCGAUUUAUUGCUCUUGGAUGAACCGACAAACAUGUUGGAUAUUAAAGCGAUCAUCUGGUUAGAGAAUUAUCUACAGAAUUGGCCGAACACGUUACUGGUAGUCUCGCACGAUAGGAACUUUUUAGACUCUGUGCCAACGGAUAUUUUGUACCUGCAUACUCAGAGAAUCGAUUCAUAUAGAGGUAAUUAUGAUCAAUUUAUUAAAACCAAAACGGAGAAACACAAAAACCAACAACGAGAGUUCGAAGCCCAACAACAACAUCGACAACAUGUCCAAGAGUUCAUAGACAAAUUUAGGUAUAACGCAAAUCGGGCCGCUUCAGUGCAGUCAAAAAUUAAAAUGUUGGAAAAAUUACCUGAGUUGAAGCCGAUCGAAAAAGAAGUCAAUGUCAUUCUAAAGUUUCCUGAAACUGAACCACUGUCACCUCCAAUUUUACAAAUUAACGACGUAACAUUCGGUUACAGCGCUGGUAAGAUCGUCUUUAGUAACGUGAAUUUAGGAGCGACUUUGGACUCUAGGAUAUGUAUAGUAGGUGAUAAUGGAGCAGGUAAAACCACGUUAUUAAAAAUAAUCAUGGGACAGUUGACGCCGACAUCGGGUAUAUGCAAUGCGCACCGAAAUCUCAAGUUCGGUUAUUUUAGUCAACAUCAUGUUGACCAAUUAGACAUGAAUAUGAAUUCUAUAGAGCUACUACAGGCUAGCUACCCUGGAAAACCGAUUGAAACGUAUCGGCGGCAGUUAGGCAGUUUUGGUGUUUCGGGGGAUUUGGCUCUACAAACAAUCGGCAGCUUAUCUGGAGGUCAAAAAUCGCGAGUCGCGUUCGCUAGAAUGUGCAUGGGGUGUCCAAACUUCUUAGUUCUGGAUGAACCUACGAAUCAUCUUGAUAUUGAAACCAUUGAAGCUUUGGGAAAAGCUAUUAACAAAUACAAUGGAGGAGUCAUAUUGGUGUCCCACGAUGAACGCUUGAUACGAAUGGUUUGUACAGAGUUGUGGGUGUGUGGAAAUGGCCACGUUCAAAGUAUUGAAGGCGGUUUCGAUGAAUAUAGAAAAAUUGUCGAGCGAGAAUUAGAAAGUUAAUAACACGCUUAAAAGUGUAUUAGGCAAUUUAUACAAAUAAUCGAUAACGCUAGAUUUUUCUAUUUAUUCCCUAUUGGGUUGAUAAAAAUAAUACUUAUUUAUUGACCAUCUAUACCUAUAUUUUAUUAUACCGUCAUAACAAUGCUUUUUAGAUGCCAAUAGCUUACACUAUAUAAUUUCAGUUCCAUUUUGCAGAAUUGUGUACCACUGCAUGUAAUUUGAUUGUAAAUAAAUUGGUGCUUCUUA